CCUGUCACAGCCCUGCGACUCACUGUACGUUCUUAUAGCCAAAAUAUGCGUGGAACGAACUCCUCUCGCUUGACUACAGGUCUGAUCCGGAGCACGUGCCAUAAAUGAAAGUUGCAGUGAAGAUAUCCUCAUUUCGCCAAGAGAUUCGAGAUAGAGACCUUACCUUUUUUCCAUCAGCUGUCUUCGAAAUGAUGUAUCUAUCCAUCUUCCAGCGACAUGCCACCAGAUCUAGCCUCACAAAAAUCUCGAAGAGGACUCAUCUGAACAAAAAACAAGAGGACACUUACACGCCGACUACCUCCACCUCCCACCUCCAAUCCCUGCGUCAGUCGAAAGUCAAUAAAUACAGACGUCAAGAGAUGGAUCCUGAGGAAGCCAAGAUCUUACACACCAUGACCCCCGAAGAGCAAACAGAGCUCGAGUCAUGGUCAGCUGCAGAAGAGGACAGAUACAUCAUGACAACGAACAGUCACAAGCAGUACUUGCGCACCGAAAAGGCGAAACCGUUGCAAGAAUGCAAAGAGUUCGAGCGCGAUUAUCGCUACAAGGACAACAUACCUAUUACCGAAAGAAGAGCUUUGGAACGGAUUUGUUUGGAGCGGACAAAGCAGUAUAUGGCAGAUGCCCUCGAAAGCUCCGCGCACUUCAAGGCCCUCUUGGAAGACAAUAUCGCUCUGGCUGAUGAGAUGGUCGACAGACAGCGAGCCCAAGCUGAAGAAGAGGGUGAACUGGCACGAUGGUUUUUUGAUCAGCUUGUCAAGGAAACGGAGCAGCGGAUAGUGGCUGAAGUGGGGAUUCUUGCACUUGCGAAGGACAAAGAAGAGGAAGUAAGCGACAGGCUUGACAAUAAUGUUUCGGAGUGAAUAGCGCUCUGCAGGCAGUCCAAGCUGAGGAUGGUUGUUGUCAAGUUUCUUUUUGCUUCAAUGGUGCUCUGUACUAGGUACCACCUAGAUUGACGGAAUCGAC